CGCCCCCCAGUGGCGCAGGAUGGCGCCUCACGGAGUUUGACGCUCGCACCGUGGCUGAUGCUGUGUGAGACUCGCACUAUGCUGGCGAUGCUGGCGACGCUGACGAGGGUGGCAGCUCUGCGCAGAACCGGCCUCUUCUCCGGCUGGGGCGGCAGGAGGGGGCUGUGGACUGGCCGCCCGCAGUCAGAUAUGGAGAAUAUAAAGCCAUUGGAAGGUGUAAAAAUUCUGGAUUUAACAAGAGUCCUGGCAGGACCUUUUGCUACUAUGAAUUUAGGAGAUCUUGGAGCAGAAGUUAUAAAAGUGGAGAGACCAGGAGCUGGUGAUGAUACGCGAACUUGGGGGCCACCUUUCGUGGGGACAGAAAGUACAUAUUAUCUCAGUGUUAACCGAAAUAAAAAAAGUAUUGCUGUUAACAUCAAGGAUCCGAAAGGGGUGAAAAUCAUCAAAGAGAUAACAGGUGGUUCACGGUGCACAGGCCUUCCUGCUAUUGGCAGCUUCUCUCUAUUCCUGGAGAAUUGUUUUAUGCUGGAGACUACUUGUCGUUUGAAAACCAUUGCUUUGAAGACUGGAAUCCCGGGCCAGGGUGCCCUUUACAGCAGGUAUGGUCAGACAGGUCCAAUUUCUCAGCGAGCUGGUUAUGACACUGUUGCCUCUGCUGUUUCUGGUCUGAUGCACAUCACGGGGCCCGAGGAUGGAGAGCCGGUUCGCCCAGGAGUAGCCAUGACUGAUCUUGCCACAGGCUUAUACGCAUAUGGAGCUAUUAUGGCUGGAUUGAUACAAAAAUACAAAACUGGGAAAGGACUGUUCAUUGAUUGCAACCUACUGUCAUCCCAGGUGGCGUGUUUGUCCCACAUAGCUGCAAAUUAUCUUAUUGGUCAAAAGGAAGCAAAACGUUGGGGUACAGCUCAUGGAAGUAUUGUUCCUUACCAGGCUUUUAAAACCAAGGAUGGCUAUCUUGUAGUUGGAGCAGGAAAUAACCAGCAGUUUGCCACCGUGUGCAAGAUCUUGGAUUUGCCUGAACUGAUUGAUGACUCCAAGUAUAAAACUAACCACCUUCGGGUACAGAAUAGAAAAGAGCUUAUUAAAAUAUUAUCUGAAAGAUUUGAAGAAGAACUGACCAGCAAGUGGUUACAUCUCUUUGAAGGCAGUGGAGUCCCAUAUGGCCCAAUCAACAACAUGAAGAAUGUAUUUGCAGAACCUCAGGUAUUACACAAUGGCCUCGUUAUGGAGAUGGAGCAUCCGACUGUGGGGAAGAUUUCCAUCCCAGGCCCAGCUGUUAGAUACAGUAAGUUCAAGAUGUCAGAGGCCAGGCCGCCUCCCCUGCUUGGGCAGCACACAACGCACAUCCUGAAGGAGGUCCUGAGGUAUGAUGACAGGGCCAUCGAGGAGCUGCUCAGUGCUAGAGUGGUGGCCCAACAUGAAACCCACUGACAAAGGAAAAGGGCUUCUCCUCAUAGCCUCAAUCCGAAUACACUGGCAAACGCAACACUGUGCUUGGACCCUUUUCCCCAGUUCUGAUACCACCAAAAAGAAGAUGCAGAGUAAGUCCAGAAUUCCUGCAUGGUGUCUCCAGAAUGGGUCUGGUAUUAAUGAAUCUAAUGCCUUUUAAAUGUACCCUACUUUUGCUCCCUAUGAUUUUUUUUUUCAGAUAACAAUUUAAUUAUGGAUUUGUGGGCUUUUUAAAAAUAAAGAUUUGAAUGUUUUUCUGGAAAAAUGCA